UGGGAGGUGGCGUGGGGGCAGCUACGCUACUCGGUACCCGAGGAGAUGCCGAAGGGUACGUUCGUGGGCGACGUGGCCAAGGACCUGGGGCUGCAGCUGCCGAUGUUCCGCGACCACGGCGUUCACGUUAUGCAAGAAGGUAAGGGACAGUAUUUCUCUCUGAACAUAAAGACUGGCCAUUUGUAUGUAAACGAACGAAUCGAUCGUGAAGAACUCUGUGGACGAAAAGCGGACUGCGCAUUAAAAUUGGAAAUUCUUCUUCAGGGAGAAAUGAAAAUAUAUAAGGUGGCUAUUCAGGUUACUGAUAUUAAUGAUAACAACCCCGUCUUUGAACUCAGUGAAUUCGUUUUGAGAGCAAGUGAAAACGCAGCUAAAGGCUCGCGCUACCUCUUGCCUAAUGCACAAGACCCUGACAUAGAGCAGAACACUGUACAGACCUAUGGACUUAGCGAUAACAAAUAUUUCACCCUGGAAGUACAAACUGGACCGGAUGGCUCCAAAUUCGCCGAGCUGGUGCUGGCCAAGGCGUUGGACCGGGAGGAGGCGGCGUUUCACGAUCUGGUGCUGAGGGCGAGCGAUGGCGGAGAGCCGUCGAGGACGGGCACGGCGCGGAUCCGCGUGGCGGUGCUGGACGCGAACGACAACGCGCCGGUGUUCAGCCAGGCGGAGUACACAGUUCGUGUGCCGGAGGACGUCCCCGUGGGGACGCGGCUGCUCACUGUAAACGCGACGGACGCAGAUGAAGGAAUUAAUUCAGAGAUAACUUACAGGUUUCGAAAAAUUACAGGGAAGGCCUCUCAGUUGUUUUAUUUGGAUCCUAAGACAGGGGAAUUAACAACUCGCUCCAACUUGAACUAUGAGGAAGAUGAAAGUUAUGAGUUAGAGAUAGAGGCCCAGGAUGGAGCUGGACUCUCAACCCGCGGGAAAAUACUGGUGCGCAUUGAUGACACAAACGAUAACGUUCCCGAGAUUACAGUGUCAAGCAGCGUAACAGACAUUACUGAAGAUGCGCCAGUGGGAACAGUCGUUGCUCUUUUAAGAGUCAGGGACCGGGAUUCGGGAGCGAAUGGAGAUGUGAAGCUGUCCCUGCCAGACCGUCUGCCAUUCCG